AUGGCUCCUGCAGAAAAGGACAAAACAAGUCACGACGAUACCAUCUCGCGACAUAUAUCCAACAACCUUACCCCAGGAGACUUUGAAGGCGAAAAUAAGGCCUACGACGAAGAAACACAACGUGCUAUCGAAGGAGAUGCACACUUCCAUCGUCUCAGCUGGGGGCGCCUGACCGUGGUUCUCAUUGUAGAGGCCAUUGCUCUAGGGAGCCUCAGCUUGCCAGCUGCGUUUGCAACACUAGGUAUGGUGGCAGGUGUGAUCCUGUGCAUCGGUGUUGGUAUAGUAGCCAUGUACGCAAGCUACGUCCUCGGAGAGGUGAAGCUGAGAUAUCCCGAGGUUGCCCACUAUGCAGACAUUGGGAGGCUGAUGAUGGGAGGAUUUGGAUCAAAGCUUUUCAGCAUCAUAUUUGCCUCGCAGCUGAUUCUUAUUACUGGAUCACAUUGUCUAACUGGCACAAUUGCUUUUGAAACAAUUACUGGAAGCGGAAUCUGCUCUCUGGCCUUUGGGGUCAUAUCUGCUAUUAUACUUUUCUUGCUGGCAAUCCCGCCAUCGUUUACCGAGGCAGCAAUCUUGGGAUAUAUAGAUUUUGCUUCCAUUAUUAUAGCAAUUGGUAUUACUAUGAUUGCCACCGGUAUCCAGAGCUCAAACCAGCCGGGUGGCUUGGGAGCUUCUACCUGGUCUGCUUGGCCUCAGAAAGAUCUAACAUUUUCAGAAGCAAUUGUCGCGGUCAACAGUAUUGUUUUUGCAUAUGCCUUUGCAGGUGCUCAGCCGUCCUUCAUGGACGAGAUGCAUACGCCCAAGGAUUAUAUAAAGUCGAUUUGGAGCCUUGGGAUCAUUGAAGUCGUCAUCUAUACCAUUACUGGCGCUCUCAUCUAUGCCUUUGUAGGCCAAGAUGUUCAAUCACCUGCUUUAUUAUCGGGUGGAUCAGUCAUCUCGAGAGUCACUUUUGGUGUUGCUCUUCCCGUCAUCUUCAUCUCGGGCUCAAUCAACACUACCGUCGUUGCUCGCUUCAUUCACGGAAGGAUAUACAAGAAUUCUGUUGCCCGUUAUGUGAAUACCGCCAAAGGUUGGAUAUCAUGGUUGGCAGUGGUUGGGCUCGUCACGCUGAUUGCGUGGAUUAUUGCUGAAGCCAUUCCCUUCUUCUCGGAGCUUCUGUCUAUCAGUUCGUCCCUUUUUGUGUCUGGACUUUCGUUUUAUCUACCACCGGUAAUGUGGUUUGUAUUACUGAAAGAAGGCAAAUGGCACGAGAGACAUAAUUGGAAAAGCGCUUUUUUUAACGGCAGCGUUUUUAUAAUCGGAAUGAUUAUCCUCGUUUGUGGCACUUAUGCAAGCAUCGUGGAGCUCAUUCAAAAAUUUCAGAAACACGCUAUUAACAGACCGUUUACAUGCCAGUCACUUGUUUAA